AUGAUUUCMAUCUCGGGAUUUGUCUUCCUAAAUGACAUGGACUCGGGACGCAAAUAUGGGACAAGGAUAAGUCAUACUACCUUAGAAAUUGAGGACGUAGAUGGCGAAUACAUUAUGUUUUUAAAGUUGUCCCCGGAUUAUUUGGAAUCCACGUACUUGCUUCGUGACUUGGAUAGCGUAAUAUCUUACGAAAAGAAAGUAGUUCUGAAAUUUUUGAGACCAAAUCAUGAAUUACUURUAAUGUCGGACGAUGCUAAUAAAAUGAUGUGUUUCUUAAAAGAUAUGAAGUGUCUCUCCAAAAAUCUGAAGAUAAAUAUCGGAAAAUCAUUUCUAUUCGAUGCUCUCAAACCGUUUGGKCAUAUUAACGACGAUCAUAACAAACUACAAAAAUUUGAUGUGACUCACUUAAGAAUGCUUGCCCUGGAAAACUGCUAUUUACCUCAUUUGCCUGAAACGAUUGGAGAUUUAACACUUUCAAGUAUUAGUCUGAAUGGUAGUAGAAUUAAUAUGUCAAAAUAUGGUCAAGAUUUGUUCUGGGACUGGAUGACCAAGCAUGACAUAAGUACAUCGUUGGUUGUGUUGGAAAUGAAUUCAAUCGGCUUAAAAAAAUUACCGUUUGAAAUCAUACAUUUGAAAGGUUUACGAACUUUGUCAGUGUCCAAUAAUAAAUUGAAACAUAUACCUCAUUUCAUAGGCGAACUUCCAAAACUCAAAACUCUAAUGGUUAAUGGUAACUCCUUAAGGUACUUUCCAGAUAAUUUAUGGGAUACAGUCUAUCAAACUCUCAACAUAUUAAAUAAUCGAUUCGUCUAUUUGAAGUUUAAUAAGGAACGACGUGAAAAUGCUGAAUUUAUUGGUUUACGAGAUGCUCCGAAAUUAUCAGAUUUAUCAGUUUUGUCCCUGAUUAAUAAUUGUGUAAAAUUCAAGAGGCAAGAAAUCCCUCGUCCUUUGUGGAACAAUUAUGAUUUUGUAUGCCGUUGUAAAAUUUGUAAGAAGCUAUUUGUAUUUAAUGAACAAAAUCAAAAAUUCACUUUUGCCCUUCCAAAAACAGAACAAAUGGUGGGGAUUGGAAGAAUAUAUUGGCAAUUUUUCGAGUGCCCUUCGUGUGUACGUUUAGAAAAUAUUAACAUCUAA